AUGCAGAUGGCAACUAAGCAACCAAUAACAUACGCCCACGUUUUCUCUUUUUUUGCUCGGUUUUUCUUUUAUUGCGCGGCUUACUGGAACGCGAUGGAUUCUACUAUGGUGAUCAAGGUUAAAUAUGUUGAUACACUUAGGCGUUUUAAUGCUCAUGUAAAGGAGAAUGAGCAACUCGAUCUUGACAUGACUGCACUGAGGGCAAAGAUCCUCGGCCUUUUUAAUUUCCCUCCAGAUGCUGAUCUGACUCUAACUUAUAUUGAUGAAGAUGGGGAUGUGGUUACUCUUGCUGAUGAUAAUGAUCUACGUGAUGUGAUGAGUCAAAAUCUGAAAUUUCUAAGGAUUGAUGUACAGCUUAAUAAUGACAAGUUUGGUAAAUCUUAUGCUAGAUCUAGUGGUUGUUCUACUCCUAUGAGGUCCCCCAGAGUCCAAAGUCCAUUGCCAUGCCUGAACAAUGGUGUUGCUGAAGUGUUGAAAUCUGUGCCAGAGCCCCUACGUGAAGUGCUUUCAACGAUAUCUCUUGACCUGGCUUCAAAAGCUGUGGCCUCGAAUGCAGUGCUUACUGAGCUUGUGGACUGCUUUUCAAAGUUGGGGCAAUCCCACGGUACUCCAGCCCCUCAGUCUCAAGAUGGUGCAGGUUCCAGUGUCCAAACUGGUGCUGCAGCUCCUACAGUCCUAGAUGCUCCUAAGGAUGGAAGCAUGCAAGAAGACUUGCCAAAUUCAAAUUCACCUUUCAAAAUUAGCCGGGAGGACGGCUUGGAAACUAGGACUUCAGUGGCACCACACACUGCUGUCCCUGCAGCUGUUAAUAUGAAUGAGAACCCUCAAGCUACCAAUCCGUUUGCGCAUUGUGCGCCCCUUGCAUCAUUUGUCCCUGCUGGUGAUGAUGGGAAGGAAGCCAAGAAACAGAAUAUGGGUCCUCAUACUGGGAAGCCCACCCAUUUCGGUUUUCCCUCCAUUCCUGUGAAUCAUGUCUUUCCUUCACGCACUGAUUGUCCAUUUAGUGGAAUGCCAGUGGCAAAUGACUCAGCUGCACGCACUCCCAAAAGUCACGUAAUUAAGAGAAACAAUUUUCUCAAUAAUCCCAUGGUUGGCAUGUUUCAUAGGGGUGUUCAAUGUGAUGGUUGUGGCGUUCAUCCGAUCACCGGGCCUCGGUACAAAUCCAAAGUGUAA